CUGUAUCUAUUUCAGAUGACAAACAUUUGUUCAAGCUUAUUACAAAUCCUGAGUCUCAAUCUCUCUCCCAAAAUGCUUGCCACCAUGAUCAGUGCAUCAACACUCCGAUCGCAAAAGCUUCACUGCCUACUUGUUUUCUUCUUUCUCUUAACCCCUUCUGUAACUCCAUUAAACUUCAACUUCCCCAGCUUCAGUAGCGCUGACUCCCCUAAUAUAUCUAUAGAAGGCGAUGCUUAUUUGGGAAGCCCUUUCCUCCGCCUCACACGAGACGCCACAGGCGAGGCAAAGGACUACAGCGUAGGCAGAGCCACCUACCGCCAACCGUUCCUCCUUCAGGAAAACGCUACCGGCAAACUCGCCGAUUUCACCACGAGUUUCGACUUCGAAAUUAAGUCCGUUAACUCCAACAGCGAAUCCGUCCCCGGUGACGGUCUCGCCUUCUUCAUAGCUCCAAAGGGCUCCGUCCUCAUCUCCACACUAGGCCAAGGUGGCAGUCUCGGCCUGCCCUUCAACUCCACACCUUCAGAUGACUUCGUCGUGAGGAAUCAGUAUGCUUUUGUGGCUGUGGAGUUUGAUAUAUUCUACUAUAAUGUGCUGACAACCAUCGACGACCCCCAGUACGAGCACGUGGGGAUUGAUGUCAACUCUCUCAACUCUUCCAAAUGGGAGCCUUGGGUUGGAGGUAUUACGGAAGGAAUUCGAAAUAGUGCUACCAUUACUUAUAAUUCCUCCUCGAAAAAUCUUAGUGUUGCCUUCACUACUUUAGUAACGAGUGAUCUCAACGAUUCCCAAGUUGUCCAAAAGAUGACAUAUUUUGAUUACACUGUUGAUCUGACGCGGUACUUGCCCGAUUGGGUCGUUGUUGGGUUUUCCGCUUCAACAGGUCAAUCUAUUGCCAUACAUAAGAUCAUGUCCUGGAAUUUCACUUCCACUUCACUUGUUGAUCACCCAGUUCCUGCAUCAAAUAAGCCUAUAGGACUAGUAAUUGGGUUGGGAAUUGGAGGAUGUGCUGUCGUGGUUACUGGGUUGGGUUUGGUUUGGUUCUUUUUGUGGAAGAGGAGGGAAACAGGAGAAAGUGGUGAUGAAGAUACCAUGCUUCAUGAAUUGGUUGACGAAGAAUUUGAAAGAGGGGCUUGUCCCAGGAAGUUUUCAUAUAGGGAAUUGGCUCGGGCGACGAAUAAUUUUGGGCAGGAAGAAAAGCUUGGAGAGGGAGGAUUUGGUGGGGUUUAUAAAGGCAUAAUACCAGACUUGGAGUCACCUGUUGCUGUUAAGAGGAUAUCGAGGGGUUCUAAACAAGGAUCGAAGGAGUAUGCCUCGGAAGUGAAGACAAUUAGUCGACUUAGGCAUCGCAAUCUUGUUCAACUGAUUGGUUGGUGCCACGAAAGGAAAUUUCUACUUGUGUACGAGUUCAUGCCCAAAGGCAGCUUAGACUCUCAUUUGUUCAAAGAGCAAAGCUUGUUAACUUGGGAGGCAAGAUACAAAAUUGCUCAAGGCUUGGCCUCUGGGUUGCUGUACCUACACCAAGAAUGGGACCAAUGUGUGCUGCAUAGGGAUAUCAAGUCCAGCAAUGUUAUGUUGGAUGCGAAUUUCAACGCAAAACUUGGGGAUUUUGGGUUAGCAAGGCUUGUGGACCACGGACAAGAGCCACCAACGACAGCAGUAGCUGGAACCAUGGGGUACAUGGCUCCCGAAUAUGUUAUCACGGGAAAGGCUAGCAAGGAAUCUGAUGUCUACAGCUUUGGAAUUGUUGCUUUGGAGAUUUGUUGCGGGAGAAAACCUAUCGACCCAAAGUUCGGAAGUAGUAAAGUCAAUAUGGUUGAGUGGGUUUGGGAGCUUUAUGGAGAAGAGAAAGUCAUUGAAGCAGCUGACCCGAAAUUGUGUGGAGAUUUUGAUGAGAAACAAAUGGAGUGCCUGAUGAUUGUUGGCUUGUGGUGUGCUCAUCCGGACAACAAUAUGAGGCCUUCAAUACAACAAGCCAUUCAAGUGCUCAACUUUGAGGUUCCAUUGCCGAAUCUCCCAUCAAAGAUGCCGGUGGCCACGUAUUUUGCUCCUUCGAGAUCGCUCUCAAAGUUGUCUGGUGAUGCUUCUAGUUCUCAAGGAGGGCAAACUGAAAUUUCAUGCUAUGCCUACAACACCAAUUCCACAGAGUUGACAGGAUAUUCUUCUGCAACAAAUUCUCAUCCAUCAACCUCACUUGGGUCUAAAUGUGAUAAUUCGAUGAGAAAUUACCAUUGACAUGAUCGGAUGGAUGGCAAAGAUGAAGAUGGCGCCCUUCCCCUUCUCUGUGUUUGAGCAUUUAAAACCAAACAGUUUACAGUUUGGAUUUAAUUCUGUUUCAACUGAAAGACUUUGUAUUCAUAUAUUGUGAUUGUUUUUGUGAUUAAGAAUGGGUGAUACAAUUUUUUUUUAUACGUACAUAAGGGGAAGGGGUGGGCUUAGGGCUAGUUUGGUAUUAUAAUGCUUUUAAAAAAAAUCUGCUUCUGUUGUGUUGUAAGAAUAAAGUUGUUAAGUGUUUGGUAAACA